UUUGGUUCCCUUUCAGCUAGAUUGAGUUUCUCUGAUCAGACACCAAAUUCAACCAUCAAUCAGUACUAUUCAUUCUCGUUUCCAGAUAUGGAAGCUAAAUGUGCUAUUCUUUUUGCCCUAAUAGCAUGCCUUGAAAUUGUGUCUAUUGAGGGAAUAAGGCCCUUUUGGCCAGAAAAAAAAAUUGCAGAGACGAUCGUCAUCGAUACCAUUGAAGCUAACUAUAAAAGAGAAUUGGGAGAGCAAAGCAGCCAUCCCAACAACUUGAAGGGAGAAGUCAAAAGUGCAGUGGUGAAGAAUCAAGGACACUUCGGUAAGUCAGGAACUGCAGCAUACAAUGACGAAGAAGAUUUUCGACCUACAACACCAGGUAACAGCCCCGGUGCUGGUCAUAAGUCAUUACAAGGCAGCGAACCAAAGACACUAGUGGGUGUUGGGAAGUAUUUUGCUACAGGAACGAAAGAAGAUUACCGGCCAACCCAACCUGGUCACAGCCCUGGUGUGGGCCAUGCUCUUCAAGAAAAUGUCAAACCAAGGCCAUAGACGUACAGAAUAGCUGGCUUCCUCUGUGUGUGAUAUGUAAUUAGUGUCAUUUAUUUAGCUUCUACAGUACAGUUACCCUAGCUGUGCAUAGAAUUAUCUUUCUUCCUUGGUUUCAAGUCAUAGGGUAACUGUACAACAAUUUAGUUACUUAUAAGUAACUAGAUUGUUGUGUAUUUAUAUCUCUAUAUCAUAUUAUAUAUGCUUUCUUGUGAUAAACUGAUCGAUAAUA